AUGGCCAGAACAGUCCUAGUCACAGGUGCCACCGGCAAACAAGGCGGAGCAGUUAUCAAUUCUCUUCUCGCCGCUAAGGCGGAUUUCGAGAUCCUCGCAGUGACGAGAAAUGCAACUUCCAAUGCUGCUCAGAAGCUCGCCCAGAAAUCCUCGACUAUAAAAUUGAUUACCGGCGACCUCAAUAAUGUGGACGAUAUCUUCAAGAAAGCAAAAGAGGUUUCGUCUUUUCCCGUAUGGGGGGUUUAUAGUGUUCAGGUAGUUGCAAUGAAGAACGGCGAUGACACAGAGGAGCGACAAGGCAAAGCCCUUGUCGACGCCGCAGUGAAGAACUCAGUCAAGCAUUUUGUCUACUCAUCUGUAGACAGGGGCGGUGAAAAAUCAGCCGACAACCCCACGGAUGUACCACAUUUCAUCCACAAACAUAACGUCGAGCAACAUCUCUUUCGCAAGGCGAAGGAAAGUGGCAUGACAUACGCCGUCCUACGCCCAGUCGCCUUCUACGACAACCUCGUCCCAGGCUUUGGAGGCAAGAUUUUUGGCACUGUCUUCGAAAUGAAAUUACCGAAGAAGCCUCUGCAAUUCAUCGCCACCACCGACAUUGGAUAUUUCGGCGCCCAGGCAUUCUUAAAGCCUGAAGAGUGGCGCAACAGAAGCAUUUCUCUGGCGGGAGACGAACUCACAUUCGCCGAGUUCCGAGACAUCUUCAAGAAGAAGACAGGUCAACCACUGCCAGCCACCUUCCGUAUCGUCGGUCGUCUCAUUCUGUGGCUCAGUAAGGACUUCAACAUGAUGUUCAACUGGUUCGACAGUCACGGCUAUAGUGUGGACAUCGACGCGUUGAGGAAACAACGCCCUGAGUUACAGGACUUUGCCACCUGGCUGGAAAAGGAAUCGCAAUUCGAAACCCGUUGA